GCUGGGGGGUACAUUGGGGCGCACUCCCGCGGGGCCAUUUGGGCUCCUGUUCAGCUGCUUUGCUCCAGCCUGUCCUGACGGUCUGGUGUCAUAGUGAGAUCUUCGUCUCUUUCCUUUCUUUUUUUGCUGUUCAUUAUGCAGAAAAAAGACUCCUCCCCUGAGGGGUUCCAACCUCGCGCCCCUCAUUUCGCUACGCAGGCGAUCCACACGGCCCAGGAUCCCGAUCAGUGGAACUCUCGGGCCGUGGUGCCUCCCAUCUCCCUGGCCACCACCUUCAAGCAGGACGCGCCAGGCCAGCACUCGGGUUUUGUGUAUAGUCGCUCUGGAAAUCCCACUAGGAACUGCUUGGAAAAAUUAGUAGCGGUGCUGGAUGAAGCUAAGUACUGCUUGGCCUUUGCUUCGGGCCUAGCAGCCUCUGUGACAAUUUUCCACCUGUUAAAAGCAGGAGACCAUGUGGUUUGUAUGGACGAUGUGUAUGGAGGUACUAGCAGAUACUUGCGGCAGGUGGCGGGUGAAGUUGGAUUGAAGAUUUCGUUUGUCGACUGUUCCAAAACUGAAUUGCUGGAGGAAGCAAUCACACCACAAACCAAGCUGGUGUGGCUCGAAACUCCCACCAACCCCAACUUGAAGAUGGCUGACAUCACGGCAUGUGCACGCAUCGUCCACAGGCACAAGGACGUCAUCCUGGUGGUGGACAACUCCUUCAUGUCGCCAUAUUUCCAGCGGCCUAUGUCUCUGGGAGCUGACAUUUGCAUGUAUUCUGCAACAAAGUACAUGAACGGUCACUGUGAUGUCUUAAUGGGCUUAGUGUCGGUGAAUUCUGAAGACCUCCACAACCGACUUCGUUUCUUGCAAAAUAGUCUCGGGACGGUGCCGUCUCCUUUCGACUGUUACCUGUGCAUUCGUGGCCUCAAGACGCUGCAAAUCCGCAUGGACAAACAUUUCCAAAAUGCAAUGGCUGUGGCCCGGUUCCUGGAGUCCAACCCCCGAGUAGAAAAGGUUAUCUACCCUGGGCUGCCCUCUCACCCGCAGCAUGAGCUGGCCAAGCGGCAGUGCAUGGGCUGCUCGGGGAUGAUCACCUUCUUCAUCAAGGGCUCUCUUCAGCAUGCUGAGACCUUCCUGAAGCACCUGAAGUUGUUUACUCUGGCCGAGAGCUUGGGAGGAUAUGAAAGUCUUGUGGAACUUCCGGCAAUCAUGACCCAUGCAUCCGUGCCUAGGAAGGACAGAGAGAUCCUUGGAAUUAGCGACACGCUGAUUCGAAUCUCGGUAGGCUUAGAGGAUGAAAAAGACCUCCUGGAAGAUCUGGACCAAGCUCUGAAGGUGGCACACCCUUAAACUGGAAGUCCCAAGUGGAUUCCAGAGCUGCUUCCUGAACAGAUCGAAUCUUCUGGAUAAUUGAAUGGACAUGAGUGAGGCGUUGCGGAAUUUUCAAGUGCACACUGUCCGCAGCUGUAACCAUGUUGGGAUUGUUCCCUUAGAAACGGUUUCCUGUAUAUCUCUUUGUAACCCAGAGAUCGACUCUGUGAAUAUCUUUCUGUUCAUUUUGCUACAUUUCUGCUUCAGGAGGAAGGGAGAUUUGUGCUGCUUUGGGGGUUUGGGGUCUUUUUUUUUUCAUGGCCCAGGAUUUACUUUGAUCAUGUUUACAAUAUAAUGGUGAUUUGCUUUGUAAAGUUAAAUUAAUAAAUGAUAUUUCUUAAAUCAGGCCUGAUUUUUGCACACUGUUGAAGAAUGUUGAAAACAAUUGUUUUGCAUUACCAUAUGCCACAAAUAAAUACUUGACAAGUC